AUGAAUAUCAAAACCUUGCAUUUAACCAUAUAUCACAACAACAACAAAAAAUUCCAAACAGUAAUCACUGAUCCUCAUGAUACAUUUGAAACUUUAUUGACCAGUAUAGAAGAAUUUAUGGAUUUCAAAGAUGAUGUUAUUGGAUGUUACUUAAAACUUGGGAAUAGAUGGAGUGAAGUGUCCUUAAAUGAUUCCACAUUCAUGGCAAUCACACCAGAAAUAAAACAUGUCAAAUAUAUAUUAACAACAAAAAUGUAUAGCUUACAAUCCAAUGGAUUUCAACUCACAAUCUCUGCAUCUAAAUAUUUAUUUGAAAACACUAUUAUAACAGUUGAUUUACAAGACAUUGAGGUACCAAGGACCGUAGAAGGAUUUUCUAAACUUGUAAAGGUGGUGAAAAUUAUCUUAUCAUGGAAAGCCAGGACUAGGAGAAAUACAGAAACGUUUUAUGAAGUGUUAAAAAAGGGUCAUGAACGCCUAAAAAAUGGGGUCUAA